AUGGCAAACCCAAGUGAAGACCAACAGGUUGCACCAACUUGCAUCGGGACGCGUCAUCGCUUGCAAGAAAAUUUCAUGGGAGUUCCCGUGUAUGGCGCCGAUGUUCUCGUCACAACGAGCAACUGUGUCGCCACUGAUAUUGACAUGGCUUACAGCAGUUUGAAUCAUGAUGGAAGCUCUCUGAAUACUUUGACGGCUCAGCUAUCUUCACUGAUUCAAGAUCUGCACGGAAAUACCUUUGCCUCCAUUGACGUGGCUCAGGGAUACACUCCCAGCAAAACCAAGCAAGAUGCUAUUGUAGCGAUUGCAGCCGAUCUUAAUGUACAAGUCAACGCACUCAGUGAUCCUACAUUGGAAGUCUUUGUUUCCACAAACGGUGAUUUUCUGGCCUAUAGAAGCUACGGCCUUGUGGAAGCUCAGGGUUGGACAGAUCAAAUAGAAAUUGUCAUUGACGCACAUGAUAUGUCUAUUCUUUCCAAAUGUUGGCUGACAGGAGGCAACCAGACAAAUUUCCAACGUCAAAGAAGGCUACGGACAAAGCCGUCAGAAGCUCAACACCGGAACCUAUUUAGCUGCAAAAGUUGCGCCGGGACAGAAGCUGUAGAAUGGUUUGAUUCGACCACAACAUGCCCAAUAAAUUCGCUGUAUCUAGAUGAUACACAGCAAUCAACAAUCUGCAAUAAAGGGCAACGGCUAGCUGAUGGGGUGGAUGUAGAGGGCCCUGGUCCCGUUCCUGAGAUCCACUGGAACGGAACUUUGGAUUGCCGCGGAACUGAAGUUUGUGCGCCUGUCAUACUUCCCAAUUGUCGUGAUGCCAUCAGUGACGUUCAGUUCGGGGGCGUAGCAACCAUGAAGUUUUUGAGAGAUCAUCUUGGGAUCAUGGGAGGACUCAGCGAAGACACAAACUCCCCGGUUCCGGUGAGAGCGCUUGCUCAUUACCAAGACGACUAUUGCAAUGCCUUCUACAGUAGUACCACCAACGCUGUUUACUUGGGUGACUGCAAUUGUCAUACGUGGAGCCCUUUGGUUUCUUUGGAUAUUGUGGGGCAUGAGAUCUUUCAUGGGGUAACAGCUCAUACCAGUGACCUCGUCUAUAGUGGUCAGCCCGGAGGCUUGAAUGAAGCGUUCUCGGAUAUUUUUGGUGCCACACUCGAGUUCUACGUAAACGACUACAACGAUCCUCCAGACUUUACCGUGGCUGAGCAAGUCGGACAAGCCUUGCGCAACAUGGAAGCUCCGCUGUAUAAAAGUAUUGGCGACGUAUGCGAGUACACAUCUGGCAUGAGAGUGCAUUAUUCCAGCGGAGCCAUGAACAAGGCUUAUGUCAACUCAGUUCGGCAGUGCGAAACAAGCAUGUGCGACGACCUGCGAGGUUGCGCCAUUCUUUUGGGGACAGUCUUUCUCUAUUCCAAUGUAAAGGGACUGACACAAACAAGCAACUUCUUGGAUGCAGCAGAGGCUUCGUGUUGGUUGGUUGAAGAGUUUUUCUUAGUGCGGUCGCCGGCCUCGACAUGCACGAGCAACCAAGUACAGCAAUUUAUAAGGGAUGGCUGGUCCACGGUGGGAGUGACUGUCUUGAAUGACUGUCGAGCAGUCGACUCCUGCCCCACAUUAGAGCCUUCUGUUAGCCCAACUGGCCGCCCAACGAUUACACCUCAACCGACGAUUGAGGGUUUCUCGUCUGCACCUUCGGAAGCAGCAAGGUCUGAUGGCGAUAACGACGAUGGAGAUGAUAGUGGGUCUUCGUGCCAAUCCCUAUUGCGGAGUAUAUUGUUCUUUUGGGUAUAA